CUCAUUCACUUCAGGUCAGGACUCCCAUUGGAGUAACCGGAGGGAAGGGAAACGGCCGGUUCUUUCGUCAAAACUCGCUGGAAAACAACGUGAAAUCGCUCGGAUUCACUUCUGAAAAACAACGAGCGGGAGAUUUUACAUCCGAGCCGGACGCCAGACAAGAGCAGUACCGAUUUAUUUCGGCGGACUUAAUUGAUCGCGGGCUGUGUAUGUGUGUGUUUUCGUUUGGAGAGCCAUAGACACACACACACACACACAUAUAUACACACACACACACACUCACAGUCACAGGUUGCUAACGGAGUUAACGCUAACCUAGCUAGCCAAGUUAGCUCCCCGCGGCUAGCUGUGUUUUCCCUUCACCCGGGACUAAAAGCAGCCGGGGCUGAAGUUAAGAAACAAAACCUGUCAGACAUUUUUCCAGACAGUCUGCUCCGUGAUUCAGUCAUGAUGUGGUGGUUUUUCGGACGUUUAUCAAGUUGGCCGGCCGGUAGCAUCGGCUGACUGAAGCCUAACGUUAGUGAGUCUCCGGCUUCUCCGACCUGGAUUUUACUCCGGUGUUUUUUUUUUUUUCCUCGUUUUUCCGCUGCUGGUCUCUCUCUCUUUUUUUAAAGGUGGACUUUGCCCCCGGGGUGUUGUAAUUCCCCCCCUCCAUAUUAAAUAAAAGAGCCUCUAUUGAUUCUUCUGUUGGAGUAUUUCAAAACUUGGCUGGAUUUUUUUUUUUUUUUUUUUUGGGGGGGAGGUAAAAAGUUUGCGUGUUGGGAAGUUGAGGAGGAUUUUUUCCGAGCCUGUGGAAAAAUGGAUGCGGGUAUAGAGAAGGAAUGCAGCGCCUUGGGAGGGCUCUUCCAGCUCAUCAUGAACGACAUGAAGGCCAGUUAUCCUACAUGGGAGGACUUUUUAACCAAAGGAGCCAAGCUACAAUCACAGCUCAGGACGACCAUCGUGGUUACCGGAGCCUUCCUGGAUGCUUUUCAGAAGGUGGCAGACAUGGCGACCGGGACCAGAGGUGCCACGAAGGAGAUCGGCUCGGCUUUAACCAGGAUGUGUAUGAGACACCGGAGCAUCGAGUCCAAACUCAAGCUGUUCACCACCGCUCUUUCAGAAAGUCUCAUCACUCCGCUGGAGUCCAAGAUGGAGGAGUGGAAAAAGGUGGCCAGUCAGCUGGACAAAGAUCAUGCCAAAGAGUAUAAAAAAGCCAGAGCAGACAUCAAGAAGAAAUCAUCAGACACCAUCAAACUGCAGAAGAAGGUGAAGAAAGGGAAGGACGAGGUGCGUGGCCAGCUGGACAGCGCGCUGCAGGACGUCAACGUGCGUUACGCUGUCCUGGAGGACACCGAGAAGCGAGCCGUGUGCAGGGCGCUGAUAGAGGAGAGAGCGCGUUACUGCAGCUUCGUCACCAUGCUGAAGCCUGUACUGGACCAUGAGAUCAACAUGCUGGGUGAGGUGACCCACCUGCAGACCAUUCUGGAGGAUCUGAUGAACCUGACAGCUGAACCCAAUAAACUCCCACCAGCCAGCGAGCAGGUGAUUUCGGACCUGAAAGGUUCUGAUUUCAGCUACACCUAUCAGACACCUCCAGCUUCUCCAAGUGGCACUCUGUCCAGGAAGAGCAGCAUCAGCAGUAACUAUCAGUCUGGAUCAGUGAGACAUGUUCCCUCAUUGGACUCCAUCAGCUGUGCUGUGGAUGGAGUACACAUCCAGCGCUGCUCCUCCCCCUAUCUGCUGAUUGGCUGUGAUGAAAGUGGGCGGUCCCUCAGCGAAGGGAACUCCCCCUCUCGCCUCGGUCGUCAGGGCAGCCGUGGUCGCUAUGGUUACGCCGCUGGCCACGGCCACCGCCCCGCGCUGAGCCGCCGCGUUAGCCGCAGGGAUAUGACCACCGAUGCAUUUGGCUCCACCAAUCAGAUGGCAGCCGGGGGCGGUGGAGGGGCGGAGAACGGCCUGUUGGUCCCUCCACACAACGCCUACACACACCAUGGAGAGAGAGCUCGGGCCAUGUCUGCGUCUGGGAAGUCUUGCUCGGCCCGGGACCAGCUGGCGUUGACUUUAGGUGCAUUGAAUUCGGACGCCCCGAGAAGCAGUAGGGACUCUCUGCACUGCUCCAGCGGCUACAGCACUCAGACCACCACCCCGUCCUGCUCUGAAGACACCAUACACACACACACUGUAAAGAGAGACCCUCCCCUCUAUGUUGACUACGAGUCCAUCUCUCUCCACGGAGACGCAGACUCCAUCUCCCUACAUCACAUGUCCCACGGAAACAGCCAGUCAGACUUUGACAAGUCUUCGACCAUCCCGAGGAACUCCGACCUCAGUUUACAGUACAGGAAGUUUGCUCAGUCCAAACGCCCCUCCUCCACCGUCAGCCUAUUGGCCGAGCCCGAGUUGAUCGGCGGGUCUGUCCGCCAGCUGCCGUCCCACACGGCAACCAUCAGACGCAAGCCGUCGUCCAAGCCGGCGUAUCGCAGGGGAACAAUCAGCGGGGGGGUUCCCAUCCCCAUCUGCACCCCCCAGGUCCCGCUUAAAGCCCUCGGAGGAAACGGUGGAAGUGAUGAGAAUGUUUUCACAGUGCCCCCUGCUGGAGGAGUAGGAGGUCUAGGUCACAGUAAACUCUGUACCUCCACGCAGAGCCUCAGCGCCUUACCCCCCUCCUCCUCCCCGUACUACCAGCUGGUCCCAGGUCAGAUGCCCAUCCCAGUGCCUGUACCUACUGUACCCUCCCUGCCACCAGAGGGCAGCAACGCCAAACAUCAACAACAGAGACAGUACCAGCAGCAACUACAGCAGCACAACCAGCAACUCCAGAUUCAGCAGCAGCAGCAGCAGCAGCAGCAAUAUUAUCAGCAGCAGCAGCAACUACAGCAACAGUUUCAACAUCAGCAGUCCCUGCCUCAGCAACCCCAGCAACUGCAACAUCGACCAGACCAGUAUCAGCAGCAGGACCAGUAUCAGCUGCUGCUGAACCAGCAGCAGAAACAGAAGCUGUUCCAGCAGCAGCAGCAGCAGCACCAGGCCCAGCUCCCGCCCCCCGUGGCCCAGGGAGAGCCCUCGUGGCCGGGCCACGGCGCUCUCUACCAGCCCCAGGCUCCUCCCCCCUCCAGCCAAGACCAGACGGCAGAGCAGCUGACCCAGGAGGGAGGAGGAGGUAACAUGCUGACCCUCAUCAGAGGAGUAAAGCUCAAAAGGACCAUCACCGACGACCGCUCCGCCCCUCUCCUGCCCCCUCCACCCAAUCACAAAUGAGGCUGAACGAUCGAUUGUUUUGCCUCACUGCUGGUUAACUGUUUAGUUUAAUGGGAUCAGCACCAGAGUGUGUCGGCACAGCACAGACGGCACAGAGCAAAACCAAACACGAGGACGUCACGAACACACUGAUCAAUCGCUGGAAGUCGAUGUGUGUCCUGUUUUAUUUUCUAAAAGUUCUGCUUCCUUUUUGGCUGUUUAGAUUUCUGUUUUAAAAACUUUUGAGACUUGUUGUCAUUUCCUGUUGCUACAGCGACCGUUUUUUGCCUUUUUCUUCUUGUUUGCAUUUUGAUUGUGCAUAAAGUUUUUGUUUCUCCCAGUCUUACCAAUAGAGCUGUUGAUCGUUUUAGUUAGUGCUCACUUCCUGGGCAGAUGAUCGUUAUGUGGCUUGUUGAUUAGCCAGACAGGAAGCUGUUAGUGUCUCAGAUCCUCUUCAGUCCCGGGUGCAUUUGAUUUGCCUUUUGCCUAGAACUCCCGGAGGAGCGGGGUUUAGAAAUUAGUCCAGUAGCUCCACUGCGUCACGUGGUUGAACCAUGGUGUGUGGAGGUUUUAAUUUGCCGGCUUUGGGCCAGUGUUGGUCCAGAGUGUCUGAACAGUGAGGGACAGGUCAGUCGCCACAGAUCGUUGCGUUCGGUCCCGGGCGCCACACAUCGAACCCAACGCUCCUGACUCAACUGUGUCUGUAGACUGUAAAUAUGUUAGAACAAAAGAAGCUCUGGGAACACGUGUGGAGGUUGGAUGUUUCACCUAACAGCACGUUGUCAGACGUCACUCUCUUUUUUUGACCCGUACAAAAGUUUGAAUAUAUGAUGAGUCAACAUUUUGAUUUCCUCACCUUUGAGGGCGACGGUUUCCGCUCCUGGGACGCCAAAUGGUGCCACUGUUUGUGGAAAAGGAUUAAAAAUGUUACUGUGGGCAAAUGUCUGGUUUACUGUGUAAAUACUUAUCUGGUUAACAUGAGGAAAAAUAAUAAGAAGGAGGAGGAGGCUCUGAUUUAUUUGCAACUUUUAGAGGCAACGCUGAUGUUUUAGGAGAAGCGUAUUGAGAAUAAAGUGCACUAUGAAAAGCCUGUGAUGAUUGAAGCUGGUUAUCAGCAGUUACAGGGACACGCCGACAUGUUGAAGGACUUGACUGAACCUUCUACCACAGGAAAUAAACUUCUUAGAUGUCAGUUAAUGUAACAACUAAAGUCUGAACCACACAAGAGUUUUGAGGCUGAACAGGCAAUAUUCCCUUUUUAACAAACAAUUAUUGAUGAUACAAUUUAUGAUGUUAAAUUUCGUAAUUAAGAAUUGUGACCAGGAUAUGUACUGAGGAGACACACACUGUAAUGGAGACACUGUUUCUGAAUCAUCAGCAACCCAAAAAAAACCUCCUAGUAUAAUCAUUCAGAACUGAAACAAUUAGUUGAUCUAUAGAAAACUAUUUUGACAAUCGUUUGAGUCAUUUUCUAAAUAUUCUCUGGUUUCAGGGUUUCAUGGUUUUCUGUGUCACAUGAUGGUAUUUUUGGGGUUUUGGACGGUUGAUCAAAGACAUCUGAAGAUGUCACUCGGGCUGUAGGGAGAGUUAACAGGCACUUUUCACUAUUUUCUCAUAUUUUAUAGACAAAAACGUGAAUGAAAAUAAUUGUGAGUUGCAGCCCUGUAAUUAUUACAUCACAUUAGUUUUGCUCACAUCAGUGUCACUCUGGGAAUAUUUAGGACCUUAAAGUUGCAUUAAAUGAUGUCUGACUUCUAUCAACUGCUGAAAGUCACUAGUAGGAAAAAUAACUUUACACUAAAACCACAAUCAAUGAAUCAGCUGAUAUUUGUUUAUUGCAGAUAUAUUGGUAUCUGUGUGUAAAUGAUAAGAAAAGCCUAAUGUUUCAAUUUCAAAACAAUGUCUCCAGUACAUGGCUUGUCCAUCAGAGAGCAAUGACAAAAUGUAAUUAUCUUUACACUGUAAAAUGUCACAAUUCUUCAAUAACUAAAUUUAAGGUCUCCUUGUCAAAAUGUUUGUGUUUAUGAUAAAAAUUGAUUAAACUGGUUCUUGUUACAGAAACACCCAGAAAAAUCUAGUAUUAGUCUUCACAUAUCAAGUAUGUUAUCACAGAAAAAUGAAUAAUACAUUUGCUUUUAAUGACAAUAAUGUUAAUGUUAAAUUUAUGAGUGUGAUGAUUUAAGGACAUCAGGCAGAUGAUGUAAGUCUUCUUGCAUUAGAAGGUUGUAACUUAAUACUUACUACUAAUAAUUAAUACUUGCAGGUCUCAGCUUUACUCUUCAAAUGGCAAAAAUCUGUGAAAUUUACUGUUUAAAAACUUCACAUUAAAAGAACUUCAGUGUCUUUCUGUCCCUGUUCAUACAGGAUCUAACAUGUUUAAUAAAAAACACUGCUAGAGUUUGUUUUGUUUGACUGUCUCAGAACAUUUACUUCCUUUGAACGAGACUUUUAACGUCACAUUAAACCAUAUUCAUCUACAGAGUUUGGCUCGGCUCCGAUAGCUGGUUCUAUUUUGGAUCCUGACCCAAGUUGGUGAAAUAUUUAGAUCUGCUCAUUUAUUUAGAUGUAAUUCUCAUAAAUUGUUCUUUUUUUCAUGUGAUAUUUUUAAUGAUCAAAUAGGUCUGGUGUUGUUCCCACUCGUGACUUUCUCUGGAUGUGCGAGCGAGUUUAUCAGGAAAUGAACGUCGUCUUCUUUUUAGUGGAUUAGAUAGAAGCAGCUUCAUUGGUUGUAAUAAAUGACGUAGGCGGAUACGUCAGUCACGUAAUUCCCCCCUAAACCGAUCCACUUCAGUUCUUCAGUGCAGAGACGUGUUGCCUCUAAAAGUUGCCUGUGGAGAGUCAACUUCAUAUUGAGAGCUGUCUGAACAAGCAGGGCCGUAGCGAGCAUUACGGACUGAGGUCAUGGCCUUGGUUAAUGUUUUGGAGAAUCUGCGGAUUCAUGAAUAUCAAUAAUUAAUGUGACCGUUGUAUUUUCAAUUAAUCCUCUAAACAUCUGGUCUAUAAAAUAUCAGAAAUCAGUAAAACAUGACAACUCCCAGGAAGUCCAAGGUGUCGUUUUGUUUAAUCUUAUCUAUAGUCAGAAACUUUAAGAUACUCAGUUCACAAUCAUAGACUAGAAAACAUUUCCAUUUGAAAAGAUACAAGCAGUAAUUUUUUGGAAUUUAUACUUAAAUUGCCUUAAAUGACAAAUGGAUAAUCAACACAUUCCACAUAUUUUAAGACCGUUUUUGGUGUUUUUAGACCAAAUAUCUUGAAAUUAUUUGACUUUUUAGGCAGAAAACCAAAAGGCCAAAUAAAAAUAUUUUCCACCAGAAUUACAUACCUGAAUGUAGAGAAAUGCAACAGUUAAACGAAUAAAUCAAAUGUGAAAUUUUGUCACAUUUUUGUAAAAUACUCAAAAAAACUUAACAGUUUGGUUAGUGGCUCAUUUCUUAAGUGUGUGGGGUUUUACUGUGGAGAUUUAGGCUCAUGACCUCAGUGUUUCUCAAAUCCUGGCUACGGCCCUGCUGGGAAGCUGCCUGGCAGAGACCAGCUGCAUGCUGGGAAAUGUAGUCCAGUUUCUGGUCAACUGGUCCUGGUCUGUUCUCUGAGAAACUUUUGUGUGUAUUUUGGGAUCUCCUGCAGCUGAUUCAAGUGUUUAUAUUGUUGACGAGAUAAGUCUGAGAGCUUUUGAUAUUUGAUUGAUUGAUUGAUUGAUUGAUUGAUUGAACAAACCCAAGCCUCACAGCAGAUAUGUGUGUAUAUAUUAAUGCUUCUAUUCCUGAGAGAGACCUAAAUCUAUAUAUAAAAUGUAUGUAAACAUAUCCUGAUUGUAUUUUUGUUGAUUUAUUGAUUGGACGAUGACAAUGACGUCGGUCGUCACUCGUCAUAUUUUUGUAGAAAAGCUUUAAAGGGGGAAACCCAGUGAAUUUUCUGACAUUUGAGGACUUGAAACCUGUUUGGAUGUCUGACUGUUGCGAAGCGCGCAAAGGACUAAACGGACGACAAGAACCAACAGAAUGUAGAAAUGUUUUCUUUUUAAUCUUUCAACGUUCGCUGUGGGAUCAAUAAUAAUAAUAAUAAUAAUGAUAAUAACAAUAACUGAUUCAUCAA